AUGGAAUACGCCAGACCAACAAGCACAAGAGAAUUAUCAAGUAUAUCAACAGAAUUAACAGCCUAUCAAGAACAAAACGAAGCAGACGAAAUGACAACUGAUGUGACCAAUCAAAUAUUACUGAAGGACAUUCAACCGGCGGAACAAUUUACGGGUCAUGACGAUCAAGAUCCAGUCGCAUGGGUACAAAGUAUUAACGAACUAUUUGUUGCUACCAGUGGCGAGAAAGAAGACAGAAGAAAACUUCCCCCAAUGUAUUCUAAUGAUGAUGUUAAAAAAUGGUAUCCAAAUUCAGAAAAUGAAGAAGACUACGAUGCAUUAUAG